AUGCACGAAUCAGUGACGCUUCUGAAGAAGUUUCCCAGCGUAAACCAUAUCAUGCACCGUUCUAAACGAGCCCGCUCUCCCUGUGUCUGGCUCGAUGAGUACAGUUGGGAGGAAAGAAUGGAUCGUAAGCGAAGAAAACAUGAGUCUGUCAGCAGUGAAAGAGAAAACAAUUCCAGAAGGACGUACCGUCAUCAAAGACGUUACGAAGGGCACUACUUGGAGACCCGCAGCUUGAAUCAAAGGUUGGACUCUCGGAGAAGACCUGCCCGAGACCGUAGCUUGGAAAUGGCCUGUGAAGAGAACAGUCGAACUGAGGCGUGCAAAGAGAAGGAUCGCAGCUGGCACCACUAUAGCAAGUCCUCAGGGCGCAGCGGGCGCAGUCGCAGAAGCAGCCGGCGACACAGAGACAGGCGACACAGGCGUAGCCAUUCUCGCCACCGCUCCGCUUCGAGGAGGAGCCAUCACCGCAGGAAAAGAUCCAGGAGUUUUGAGGAUGAUGACGAGGGUCACCUCAUCUAUCACAGUGGAGACAUGCUGAACUCAAGAUAUGAGAUAGUGUGUACUCUUGGAGAGGGUGCCUUUGGGAAGGUUGUGGAAUGCAUUGAUCAUGGAAAUAAUAGAGCUCGAUUGGCUCUGAAGAUCAUUAAAAAUAUAGACCGUUAUCGUGAGGCGGCUAUGUCUGAGGUGGAGGUGCUGGCUCAGCUGAAAGCCCUUGACUCUCAGAACAGAUAUUCUUGUGUGCACAUGCUUGACUGGUUUGACUUCCAUGGUCAUGUCUGCAUUGCAUUUGAACUGCUGGGCCUCAGCACCUAUGAUUUCCUCAAAGAGAACAACUUCCAACCGUUUCCUAUCGAGCACAUCAGACAUAUGGCAUACCAGAUCAUUCAAGCUGUGCGAUUUUUGCACAGAAACAAGUUGACACACACAGACUUAAAACCUGAAAACAUACUGUUCAUUAAGUCAGACUAUGAUUUGGAGUAUAACGCAGAUAUGAAACGAGAUGAACGAACCUUGAGAAACCCUGAUGUGAAAAUAGUGGAUUUUGGUAAUGCCACUUACGACCAUGAGCACCACACAUCUGUAGUGUCCACGCGUCACUACCGCGCUCCUGAGGUCAUCUUAGAUUUGGGCUGGGAUCAUUCCUGUGACGUGUGGAGCAUCGGCUGCAUACUUAUUGAGUAUUACCUUGGAGCAACUCUCUUUCAGACUCAUGACAGCAAAGAACACCUUGCUAUGAUGGAGAGGGUCCUGGGCCCCAUUCCCACUAAUCUUCUGCUGAAAACCAGGAAACGCAGAUAUGUACAUCGAUCCAAGUUGGACUGGGACGCCUACAGCUCUUCAGGAAGAUAUGUCCGGAAACAUUGCAAACCUCUUAAGCAUUACAUGAUGUCCCGGAGCGAGGAUCACCAGCAGCUCUUUGACCUCAUUGAGAAGAUGAUGGAGUACGACCCGGCCAAGCGCCUCAGUCUGGAGCAGGCCCUCAGACACAAGUUUUUCUCCCGUUUCCACAAGAGCAACAGCAGCACCAGCAUCAGCAAGCUGUCACUAGCCCCCCACGUGGUCAGCGGGGCGGCGCGCCUCAAAGCGAGCACAAAAGUGAUGGAUAGUAGCAGCGAGUCCAUGGAGGAGCAUAAAGCCGCGUGUAAGUGCUCUCCUCAGUCCGCUGUUCAGCGCUGGGCACCGGGGUUCCCUGUGGCUCUGUGCGCCUUGAUGUCUCUGAGCGCCAUCACCUUGUGUCUCCUCAUGAGCCUCAAGACGCAGCAGCUGGAGAGCCGCCUGAGCGCAGAGCUGCAGCGGGCACCAGUCCUUCAGCCGCUCCACACGACUUUUCUCCAAGAGGAUGGCUCCCUUAUACCUGAGCUGGGAACUCCGAUCGGACGACUUGUACAAGAGAAAGUGGAGUCAAUGAUGCCUAAAUUACGAACUGCGAGGGAUGUUGUCCAGGAGUGCUCCUGUCCUCCAGAGGAUCACAGGCCGCGGUAUGUGUGUGAGAGAGGCACUCACAGCACGAGCGGCAUCUCCACUAUUAAAGCUAUGGAGAGGGAGUGA